AUGGGCGGUGUCGAUAAGGCCAACUCAUUACUUGGUCUGUAUCGCAGUCCAAGCAGAUCGAAAAGAUGGUACUUCCAAAUUUUCACAUGGGUUCUUGAUAUGUCAGCGAUCAACGCCUGGCUUCUGUGUAGAAAGGACUGCAACACAGCACGUGCAACGUCAAAACCGCUAAAGGAGUUCCGUAUGGAAUUAGCCAAAUCAUUGGCCAACGCAGGUGAAGAAUGUGUUACAGCCUCUCUGUCGCAGAUGUCAGGACUUAUUAAAUGCCAGAUUCUACCGAACCAGAACUUAUAUCACCCCGUUUUACCGUCAAAAAUGAACAACAAAUUGAUGUUUGUUAACUGUCAAAAAUGUGGUGAAGAUUUCGUUCGAGAAGAGUGUCAGCAUUCUAUUCAAGAAAGAAGCCUAAAAGGAACUUGGGUGAUAGAAGAGGUGCUCAAAGCUAUUGAAAAAGGUUACCAGAUUAUAGAGACUUACGAAAUAUGGGAAUACGAUACAAUUCAGCUCAGUAAAGACCAAGAGGGGUUAUUUAGCGGAAUGAUGAACAAGUUUCUACAAAUAAAACAACAAGCUUCAGGAUGGCCCAAACAUUGCUUAACGGAUGAAGAAAAAAACCGUUAUAUUGAUGCAUUUUUGGAUAGAGAAGACAUAAAGCUGGAAUUUUCAAAAAUUAUAGAGAACCCCUGUUUGAGAUCGUUAGCUAAACUUAUGCUGAAUUCCUUUUGGGGUAAAUUUGCUCAAAAAGAAAACCAAAACAAAACCUCAAUAGUCAGAGACUGUGGUGAAUUCUUUGAUAUGCUGACUAAUCCUUCUAUUCAUGUAAAUACAGUUCUCCCGGUAAACGAAGAAACCCUUCUCAUAACUUGGGAAUUUAGAGAAGAGGCCUAUGACGUUUCUUCAACGGUUAACGUUGUAUUGGCUUCAUAUGUCACGGCCCUAGCUAGACUAAAAUUAUAUUCAUUCUUGGAGAAAGUGGAAGAAAGGGCAGUUUACGUAGAUACAGAUUCAUGUAUUUAUAUCUCUCGUAAGGGAUUAGACGACAUAUCUACAGGCGACUUCAUAGGUGAUAUGACCGAUGAGCUCAAUGGGGGUUUCAUAUCAGAGUUUGUUUCUGGAGGACCUAAGAACUACGCCUACAAAUAUACUACUUUGUCUGGAGAGGAACAGAUCGUAUGUAAAGUAAAAGGCAUAUCACUCAACUACAAGGCAUCCCAAGUAGUCAAUUUUGAGAAAAUAAAAGACAUGGUGCUGAAGAAAUCUGAUCCUGUUUCUGUACUUUCUCGACAGCUACGACGUACAAGAGAGCAUGCAGUAGUAACAGUCGAGUUUCCUAAGGUAUACAAGAUAACUUCAAUGAAAAGGAAAUUCUAUGAAGAUCAUACCUCUGUACCAUUUGGAUUUAAGAAAAUAAAGUAUUGA